AUGCCACGUCAUACGCAGCACCGUCAAACCUCCUCCCUCGAUUUCCCUCCCACCAGCAACUCCUUAACUCCGCCGCUCCCCGCUUCCACCCCGCCCCCCCUUUCCCGUCCCCCGGCGACGCGCUUCCCUGCCCCCUUCUCGCCGGGAGCGGAAUUUCCGCACUCCCCCGGCGCGCAGUCUCCGCCGCCCCUAGCAAUAGCGGUAUUUCCCGCGCACCCGUUCAAGCGCCGCGCGGUCGAGGGACCUUCGCCGCCCCUUUCCCCCCUCCCCCGGCUCAACGAGAGCCAUCGCUCCCCGCUUUCCUCGCCGGCUUCCGCGGUCCAUGGACUCCGUGCUGCGCCUCUUAUCCCUUGCGCGGGGGAAGCGGAAGGAGUGGGAGGAGGGAUUCGGGGAGGUGGGGGCAGUCGGGGGAGCGGGGGAGGUGGGGGAGCGCAAUCCAGAGCGCACGUUGGUUUCGCGAGAGCAGUCGCAGGGUCUUCCGCAUCUCCCGCACCGGACUCCAGUGUAAUUUGGCCAGCGAAUGCGCCACGUGGCGCUCAGAUCCGCGGAUCUCCUGCGCCGUCAGGCGCCAAUAAGGCGGAACCUUUGAGUCCUUCAGGCGCGCGGGAGCAGGGGAUGCCGCUUCCGCGCGCGCAAGAGCAGGAACGGCGGGUGGGCGGAAAGGCCUUGGCUUCCCCGCAACCCCGCGAUGCGCCCCUCAGCACAGUGACGCUUGAGUGGACUCAGAAGCCGCCUUCCCGGCGAUCCCGCGAUGUUCCCCCCCGCGCCGCGACUCUCUCCAGCGCGCUCCUCGCGCGCAUCGACGCAAUCUUUCUGAGAAAACGGAGCAAGGAGCGCGCGGAAGCCAAGGCGCAGGCGCGGCUGCAAGCAGUCGCGGGCGGCGGGUCGAAGCGGCGCGGGCAGACUGACUCCGCCACCGCCGCCGCCGCUGCAGCAGCAGCAGCAGCAGCAGCAGCGGGGAAACAGGAAGCUCCCGUCACAGCUGAAACGAGAGUGGGAAAGAGCGCGGGUGUGUGGGGGGAGGCGGGUCCAAAGGCGCGGCGGUCACUGUCUCUGGAUGGCACAGGGGCAAGCCGCGGGGGAAGGGUAUUUGAGGCGCUGGGAGAAGGAGGAAAAGUGAAGGCGGAACCUGAGGUCUGGGAGGUUGUUGGGGGAGGCUCGAUUGGGGGGAGUGGGGGAAGCGGAGUAAGUGGGGGAAGUGGGGGAAGCGGGGGGAGCGGGGGAAGCGGGGGAAGUGGGGGGAUGAGUGGCACGCUUACUCGCGCUGCUGUUGUUGUCCCCAUGCCCGGCAGUGCUGCCAUGCCUGCUCCCAUGGCUUCUCCCACGGCUCCUCCUCCACUCACUCUCACGCACACCCCUACUGUAUUCACAUCGCCGCUUUCACUGCCACCAACAGCCACCACAGGCACAGCCGGUGCAGCAGGGCCAGCAGCAUCGACCUCACCCUUCAAACAACCCGGCCAUGAGCCCUCUUCAAGAACCCAUCCACUGGAACCCUCUUCUCCUCUGCCUCCUCCUCCUCCUCCUCCUACUGCUCUCGGCACCCCUCCCCCUUCUGCCCCCCCUGCCACUCCCCCUUACGUUCCCCUUCCCUCUCCCCUUUCUCUUGCCCCCUCUGCUUCCCCUGCUGCCCCGCCCGUUACUCCCCCUGCUCCGCCCGCGCGCCACCCCUUCCCUCACCGCUCCUUCCCCCCCCACCACCCUCAUCCCCCGCACCAUCCCCACCACCACAACCACCCUCGCGUGCGGUACCGGGGGGUGCGGCAGCGGCGGUGGGGGCGGUGGGUGACAGAAAUCCGCGAGCCCACCACUCGCACGCGCAUCUGGCUUGGCUCCUACGAUAACGCUGAGGAAGCCGCCCGCGUGUACGACAUGGCCGCCCGGCUGCUCAAGGGCCGGGCGGCAAGGCUUAACUUUCCCCACAGCGUGCAGCCAGUCGCGGUUCCCCGGGGGAUUGCUGAUGCUCUCAUGCGGGCUAGCCGGGCGGCAGCAGAGGCUGGAGGGGGUGAGGGUGGUGCAGGUGGGAUGGACGAUGGGGAGGGUGGUGGGGAAGGUGUGGACGAUGGGCAUGGUAGGGAUGGGGAUGGUGGUGGUGAUGGGGACGGUGAUGGGGACGGUGAUGGGCAUUGGGGCAGCAGUGGUGGGUGCAGUGGUGCUGUGAUGAGGAUGGACGUGGUUGGUGCAGAGGCGGUGGGGGAGGGCGAGGCGGGCGCAGAGGCACAGGAGGGUAAGGCGUGGAGUGGUGAGAAGAUGGAGUGUGGCUCUGAGCAGGUGCAGCAGCAGCUGAGGUUGGUGUUUCAGCAUGCCGGGCAACCACGAGCAGGCCUACAGGAGCAUCAUUAUUAUCAUCAACAGCAGCAACAGCAGCAACAGCAGCAGCAGCAGCAGCAGCAGCAGCAGCAGCAGCAGCAGCAGCAGCAGCAGCAGCAGCAGCAGCAGCAGCAGCAGCAGCAGCAGCAGCAGCAGCAGCAGCAGCAGCAGCAGCAGCAGCAGCAGCAGCAGCAGCAGCAGCAGCAGCAGCAGCAGCAGCAGCAGCAGCAGCAGCAGCAGCAGCAGCAGCAGCAGGCGAGCAUGGUGGCACCUGAGAAUCCACCUGGCAGGCAAGCGCCAUCAUGGGAGGAGACCCUGAGAGACCUGGGCCUGGACCCACCUCUUCCACCUACGGCCCCUCCCAUUCCCCUUUCCUCCGCCCCCACUGCACCUGCUCAGCCCCUCUCUGCUGCACCCACCGCUCUCCACCGCUCUUCACCACCAGAAGCACCACUACCACCGUGUGUGACCCCAUCUCGCCCCUCCAGUACGCCCCCUCUUCCCCUCUUGCGCAUGCCCCUAUCGCUGCUCGCUUCCCCACGUGCCUCCACCCACACCCCUCCUUGUCAAUCAGGCAACCCCCUGCUACACCUCCCGCCCUCUUUCCCUGCUGCUCGCUCCACCUCCGUGCCUGCUGCGACCACCACAGCUACUACAGCACUCGCACCUGCCACUACGCCCACUCCUCCUGCCAUCUCUAAAUCCUUCUCACCGCUCCCCUGCUCCAACCCCAACGAACGGACGGACCAGAUUGACCAGAACAGCCAGAUGGAACGGACGGACCAGAUCGAACGAACAGACCAGAUGGAGCGGACGGAGGCCCCCUUAGAACCUUUUACAUUGGAGCUUCCCCAGGUGCCCUCCCACAACUCCACCGCCACCACUGUAACCAGUGCUAAUGGUGGUAACACGGUUACCACUACUGGCACCACCAGCGGCACUGCCACUACCACGGCUUCUGAUUGGUCGGCGAACGUUCUUGUCGACUCCAAUGAUUCCUCCAUGCAGACUUUCGGGCAGACAAUGAAUGUUUUCUGCCCGAACCACCAGUCGCCUUCUGAAGUUUCUUGGAAUUCUCCAACCGAACCAUCUGCCCGAACCUCACUCCACCAAGCCUCUCUCUCUCGUCCAGCAACCGUCCCAGCCAGUCGUCCAGCCAUUCGCACUGCCGAACCUCCUCCUCUUGUCCUCCCACACUCGCUAGAUGCCCUGUCGUUGGCCAGCCUCAGUACCGAACCUUUGUUGUUGCCAACCCUUCCGGAGAGGUUCGGGGGAGGUUUGGAGGACGAGGGAGUGACAGGGGAUGAGGGGUGGUUCUUGUGGCCUGACCUGUAA